AGGGCAGUAUGUGCCAUCAGACCGGCAUUCCAGUUUCCAAAGAACUAAAGAAUAUCUUUGCCAGAGCCAGGAAUGGAGAAUUCUGUGUCCUGAAAAUUGUGAUUGAAAACGAACAACUCAAGGUUGGUGCAUCCAGAGAGUCUGUUAGCAGAUGGGACCACGAAUAUGAUCUGUGUAUUCUUCCUCUGUUAGAAGAACGGCAGCCUGCCUAUAUAUUGUACCGAUUGGACACCAUGAAUGUUCAGGGAUUUCAGUGGCUCUUUAUUGCCUGGUCACCUGACCUUUCACCAGUUCGACAAAAAAUGUUAUAUGCAGCAACAAGAACAACUUUGAAGAAGGAAUUUGGGAAUAGCCACAUCAAAGAUGAAUUAUUUGGGACUGUAACGGAGGAUGUUUCCUUCAGUGGUUACACAAAGCAUCUUGUUUCGCAAAAGGAUCCCGUCCCACUGACGGCAGCAGAAGAAGAGCUACAGAAGAUUAAGGAGGACACUGAAAUCUUUGUAGAAACUAAACGACCAACAUUGCAAGGAAUAGCCUUUCCUUUGCAGGAAGAUGCUGUACAGGCCCUGGAAAAACUCCAACACAAAGAGCUGAGCUACGUCCAACUUGAAAUAGACUUCAAUCAUGAAAGUAUAGUGUUGGCUGAUACAUCCCAUACGGAGAUAGUGGAUUUACCAAUGCGUGUACCAAAGGAUUCUGCACGAUAUCAUUUCUUCCUCUAUAAGCACUCGUACGAAGGAGACUACAGGGAGUCUAUAGUAUUUAUAUAUUCUAUGCCUGGCUAUACCUGUAGCAUUCGAGAACGAAUGUUAUAUUCCAGUUGUAAGAAUCCCCUUAUUGAUAUGGUGGAAAAACAGCUUUCACUGGAAAUAACUAAAAAGAUUGAAAUCGGCGACGGCAAUGAGUUAACCCCUGACUUCUUAUAUGAGGAAGUACAUCCAAAGCAGCUCGCACACAGACAAAUAUUUGCAAAACCAAAGGGCCCUGCAGGCAAGAGGGGUAUAAGGCGAUUAAUACGAGGGCCAGCAGAACCUGACAAAACUGAUUAAAAAUAGUAUAUCUUCUAAGAUCUUGCUUUUUUAAGGCUUAAUAGGUAAUACUUUUGUAUACUGUGGCCAUUCUAUAUCAUUUUACAUCCAAUCUAUUCUAUUUUGUUAUAUUUUGCUUAUCUUGUUUAUCAUGUCUGGAGUAUUGAGUUAGUUUCUGUAAUUACGCUUUUUCGUUUGGGUGUUGGUCAGAUGUUUGGCAUCCUAGUUUUUCUCACUAGCUCGGUUCCUGAAGAUGCUAUUGCUCUUACUGUGGUAAAGGAUCAAAGUUGCAAGUUUGAAUGCAAACUACAGCUGAGAUAUAGUUUGCCACACUGAUGUUUUUAUCAAACUUAUAGUGAAAACUUAAUAUGCUCAGUGCAAGCUACCAAACUGGACUUCAAUUUGACCAUAAUGCCAAGUUUCUCUCUUUUUCUCAUCAUUAAUGACGUCAAGUUGUAUGAAACUAAAUAGGACCCAAAAUAAUUCUUAAAUAUGCUAUAUUGAAUUCAAACAAGUAGUACACAUUGUUCAGUUGUGCAUUUCAUUACAUUUGCAUGCUGGUGAUAAUUCAGUUUGUUUUUUUGCUCCAAUUGGAUGCUGAAGCCUUGGAUAAAAUGAAUGCUAAUAAUUUCAAACCAUAUGUCUCUGGUCACCUUUGUAAUUACAACAGAAGGAAAUCAAUUGCCCAAAAUUACAUUUGUUAAGUGACAUCACCAGCAUGUUUUAUCUAAACCCUUUAUCCAUUUACCAGAUCGAUGAUCAUUAUUAUUCUGAUCGUUGAUCAGUCGGGUCAAUCCCAGCAAACUCAAAUGAAACGGGAUUGAGUUGAUCUCUAGAAUUGCUAAAACCCUCCAAGCUUCCUUACAAUCACAACAGAGAUCUGGGUCACGAAUUUUGGGAUACCUAGAUUCCCAACAUAUACCAUUAUUAAUAAUGAGGAUGAAUGUAAAAUGUUUUAAUAAAACUACUAUGACUGCAUCCAG